UCGACUUCUGUUAAUUCACCAGGCCGACAUCCAGCAUCUUUCACAGCAUCGCUUUUGCAUUGAUUCUACUGCAUUUUAAUCUCGCGCGCUUGCUUUCGUCCCAUUGCUCUGCAUUUCUGCUGGGAGUUCGUUCCUUUUGGAUCCCGUUGCGACCUCGUCUUGCCUUCAAUUCCGAUAUCGAGCUCUGCGAACAGCAAUUGCAACAUGUUUACCUCAAUUUUUGGAGCUGUAUUGGCAGCGUGCUUUGCUCGCACUACCCUCGCCAUCCCCACCAUCUCCGUCAAAGGUGCGAAGUUCUUCGCUGACGGCGAGCAAUUCUUCCUCAAAGGUGUUGCGUAUCAAGGCACUCCAGCUGAUCCUCUCAUCAACACCGUCCAAUGUCAACUCGAUGCCAAGUCCAUGGAAGUAAUUGGAACAAACUCGAUCCGUAUAUACCAUGUCGACCCAUAUUCCGACCACGAUGGAUGCAUGAAAGCUUUCUCCGACGCAGGAAUCUACGUCUGGCUUGAUUUGGAUACCUUCAAUACCACGGUCGUGCAAACCAACCCUACAUGGACGGAAGACCAAUUCCUCGCUUUCACCGAAGUCAUGGACGUCUUCCAGAGGUACGAUAAUUUGGGGGGAUUUUGGAUCGGAAAUGAGGUCAUCAACACUGCCGGUGGCUCUCUUGCUGCACCGUAUGUCAAGGCUGCUACAACAGACAUGAAGACAUAUAUGGCCGCCAAGAAGUACCGACAAAUCCCAAUCGGAUACUCAGCCGCUGAUAUCGCCGAAUUGCGACCCAUGCUGCAGAAUUACCUCUCCUGUGGCUCUAAACCCGAUCAAAUUAUCGACUUCUUCGGCCUCAAUUCCUACGAAUGGUGUGGCACUGCGACAUACGAGUCUUCCGGAUACAGCAAUCUCCAAGCCAUGUCGGCAGGCUACAACAUCCCCAUCUUCUUCUCCGAAACCGGCUGCAAUGUUGGAGGUGAACGAACCUUCGAUGAUCAAGCCGCCAUUUUCGGCGAUAAGAUGGUUGGUACGUGGUCAGGAAGCAUUAUCUACGAGUGGGUUCAAGAGGUCAACGAUUACGGUCUCGUCGACUACCCCAAUGGACAGAUCUACAACGGUGCUCCAACUCCAAUCCAGCCCGACUACGACAACCUCUCCAAACAAUGGAAGACCAUCACUCCAUCCGGCGUCGCGCUGGCAACCUACAAGCCAAGCAACAGCCCACCAGCUUGUCCAUCCGCCACCUUGGGAUGGCAACUCGACGGCGACGUCCCGCUCCCAACACUCGCCCCCAGCAUCAUUUCCGCAGUAGCUGCGUCCAUCAAGCCAAUAGCCACUCACCACCCAACAACCAGCUCGGCAAACUCUGCGGUCCCUACAGCUUCGACUUCGAACCUUUCAGCAUCCGACUCCUCAACUAACACUCCCGCAGGCUCAAACUCCGGCACAGGCGUCACCCAAGGCGCAGGCCCCUCGUCCACCGCCACCUCCUCGUCCCCCUCGCCAAGCGCCUCGAAAUCCGCAGCCAGCGCCCUGAAACCACAACCCAACUCGCUGUACAAGGUCUGGACCGCGUUCGUGACCUCCAGCGGCCACGGCGGCAUCGUCGGCCUCGCCAUCGUCACCGUCCUGCUCGGCACCGCGUUGGCGGUUUUUUUAUAAUCCUGAAGCGGAGCGUGGUGAAUUGGUGGCGCGGGUGGGGAGCCGGGAAGUCUGGCUGGGGCUGGUCGGGUGGAGCUGGAGCUGG